AAUACAGUUGAUGAUUGGUUUCAGUCUUCUGAAUUGAAGGCAUUAGUCGAGGCCCAGUAUGGGCAAAUCGGAGAUUGGUGUUUCAGUUCAGGUGUCACUAGUAUGAGAGAACUUUUCCGUGCUCGUAAUACCUUCAAUGAGGAUAUUGGAAACUGGGAUGUAUCUUUUGUCAAAGAUAUGCAGUGGAUGUUUUUUGCUGCAUCGUCCUUCAAUCAGGACUUGUCGUUGUGGGACGUCUCCUCUGUCACAACGAUGCAUCGGAUGUUUACCAACGCGGGUUCCUUGGACCAAGAUUUGUCGUUUUGGGAUGUUUCUUCUGUCACCGACAUAAGCCUGAUGUUCGCUGGCGCAGAUUCUUUCAAUAACAAUUUAUCAACAUGGGACGUUUCUUCUGUGACCAACAUGGGAGAAAUGUUCUACAGGGCAACAUCAUUCAACCAAGAUUUGUCCUCUUGGGAUGUCUCUUCUGUGACCAAUAUGGGGGGAAUGUUCCGCCGCGCGUCAUCGUUCAACCAAGACCUUUCAUCAUGGAACGUGUCCUCCGUCAUUAAUAUGGGAUGGAUGUUUGGCGAGGCAUCAUUGUUCAAUGGAGACAUAUCAUUGUGGAAGGUUUCUUCCGUUAUUUCCAUGGCAAACAUGUUCUACAAGGCGGUAUCCUUCAACGGAGACUUGUCAUUGUGGGACGUUUCCUCAGUCCAGAACAUGGCAGUAAUGUUCGAUGGCGCAUCAGCGUUCAAUGGAGACAUAUCACCAUGGAAUGUUUCUUCUGUGACCGGUAUGGGGGGAAUGUUCAGCGAAGCAACAUCAUUCAACGGAGACUUGUCAUCGUGGAACGUCUCGUCUCUCUCCAACAUGAAUUCAAUGUUCAGGAGGGCAAUUUCUUUUAAUGGAGACAUAUCAACAUGGGAUGUAUCUUCCGCCACAAGAAUGUCGGGUGUGUUCUAUGGAGCUUCAGCCUUUAAUCAAGAUUUGUCGUCAUGGGAUGUUUCCUCUGCUACAAGGAUUGAUUUAAUAUUCUACGGGGCUUCUUCCUUCAAUCAGAAUCUUUGUGCAUGGGGUCCGCGCCUUUCCAGUGAUGUCUUACUUGCACGUCAUGAGCGCAGCUCUGAGUUUUCCGUAACCAGCUGCCCAUUACAAUCCAGUCCAAACCUCUCCUCGGAUCCACCAGGUCCCUUUUGCCAUGUUUGCACGUAG